AUGUCUGAUAUACAAGAAAAAUCUGCAAAUGGUGGACCGGAUGUGGCAGCAAAUUCACCAACAUCGUUGCAAAAUGAAGCAAGUAUCGGUGACAUUCCAGCUGCAGAUGCAGAUGCAGAUAAAGAAUGUGAAGUACAGAAGGUAGCCAAAAGUGAAGAAAAGCCACAAGAAGCAUCGAAAGAUCCAAGAGAAAAUGCUAUCGCUUGGUUAAAUUCCUUAUUGCCAAAUGCCGUUCAUAAGGUAAAUUAUCAUUUACUUGAUUGGGCACAACAUUUGGCUGUCGAGGAUGAAGGUAAACGACGACCAUUACCUGGCAAAAAUGAUUCGGUUACUAAGAAUCAGUUUCUUGGAUUUCUGCGCGAUGGUGUUUUAUUAGCAAAUUUAGCAAAUCGUCUUCAGCCAGGAACUGUUGAAACGAUUCAUGAAGAUGAUAAAGCGAGAACUAAAGAAAAUCAAGCAUCGAAUAUUAAUUCAUUUAUAAAUUUUGUAAAGGAUAAAGUUGGCCUUGCUGAUGAUCAGAUAUUCACGAUUGAAGAUUUGCUGGAGAAAGGCAAAGCUGGCUAUCAAUCCGUCUUUAAUACUCUUCUGCAGUUGGGUUUAAAAACACAAGCACUUUUCGAACAAAAAGGAAUUGAUGUGGAUCAACUUGUUCAAGUUGCAUCGCAAGUAACGCAAACAAAUCUCAUACAAACUAUUCUAAAUUUCUUUCGACGUGCUCGACCAGCUCAAGUUGGAUUUUUUGCACUAAUAGCAUCGAUAUUUUUUAUAUAA